UUCACGGCAACUUUGCAAGGCUGCUUUAUAUAGCGCUGGCAUAUGGGCUCCAUUUUCUGCUUUCUGGUUGGUCUACAACUCUGAAAUGUACAGGAACAGCAAAGUGGUCUUAGCGUGGGAUUAGUAACUGUGCUGAAUAGGUCACAGAUGGGGCGAUAGGAGCAUUUUAUUAAUGACGUAAGGCUGCUUAAACCGAGUCUGCUUUUUUUUUUUUUUUUUAAUAUAUUAUUCGUGCUGGGGGAGGGGGAAUAUCUUUCUAAUGGGACGUAAUCAACUUGAAACCGCUGUCUGCAAGCUGGCGUGUCACCUAUCGUCACAAACCGACCACGCAUAGCAAAGGAAACAUUGCAUGCGGAUUUUUUUUUUUUUUUUUUUUUUUUUUGGUAAUGUAUUUUAUUUUUUUUCCCCUCCCCGUGCUGCCGGAGGCUUUGGCAGCCGGUCGGAGCUGCUGCCGCUACGCUGCCGGCAGGUGCCCGGGCUGGAGCCUGGCGGGAUGACAUCACCCCCUCGGCGGCCGGGGAGCAGCACCCAUGCGCACCCUUCCCCAGGCCAGCACCCCCACCCGCUCGCCCACGCUGCGUCCAGAACAACAGUGGUGGAUUGAAGUGGAUCUAGGGACAAAUGGAUGACUGAAUAUUCAUAUGAAGAGGAAAGCCAUAAAAGACAUCAGCGCCUUUGAGAACAGAAUGUUAAUGCUUGAUGGGAUGCCGGCAGUCAGAGUUAAAACAGAGCUGCUGGAAUCCGAGCAAGGGUCUCCAAACGUCCACAACUACCCAGAUAUGGAAGCUGUACCCUUGUUACUAAACAACAUGAAGGCAGACCCCACGGAGGAUUCAUUAUCUACAGACCAUUUCCAAACACAGACUGAACCAGUGGACUUGUCAAUAAACAAAGCCAGGUCGUCCCCUACAGCAGCUUCAUCUUCACCAGUUUCCAUGACAGCAUCAGCCUCCUCCCCUUCUUCUACUUCUACUUCUUCUAGUCGGCCAGCUUCAUCACCCACAGUAAUAACAUCGGUAUCCUCAGCGGCAUCUGUACCAUCAGUAUUAACUCCAGGUCCUCUUGUGGCCUCUGCAUCUGGUGUUGGAGGCCAGCAGUUUUUGCACAUUAUCCAUCCAGUACCACCUUCAAGCCCCAUGAACUUGCAGUCCAACAAAAUGAGUCACGUGCACCGUAUCCCCGUGGUGGUACAGUCGGUACCUGUUGUCUAUACAGCUGUGAGAUCACCUGGGAAUAUGAACAACACUAUAGUAGUACCACUGUUGGAGGAUGGGAGAAGCCAUGUCAAAGCACAAAUGGACCCCCGAGGCCUAUCUCCCAGACAAAUUAAAAGUGACAGUGAUGAUGACGACCUGCCAAAUGUGACCUUAGAUAGCGUUAAUGAAACUGGAUCUACAGCGCUCUCCAUAGCCAGAGCAGUACAAGAAGAGAGCAUGUGGGGCUGUGCCAGGUCAGCUGUUAACCCUUUUCGUUUUUUCAACUCCAGUUCAAUUUCACCAUUCAGUAUUGAGAGCACAAGGCGUCAGAGAAGGUCUGAGUCUCCAGACUCCAGGAAGCGGCGCAUCCAUCGGUGUGACUUUGAGGGAUGCAACAAAGUAUACACAAAAAGUUCCCACCUGAAGGCUCACAGGAGGACGCACACAGGAGAAAAACCCUACAAAUGUACCUGGGAAGGCUGCACCUGGAAGUUUGCUCGCUCCGACGAACUGACGAGGCAUUACCGCAAGCACACGGGAGUGAAGCCAUUCAAGUGUGCAGACUGUGACCGCAGCUUUUCCCGCUCAGAUCACUUGGCGCUCCACCGCCGCAGGCACAUGCUGGUUUGAGAAACGCUACCUGUUCCAGCCGAGUUUAAGAGCUGGGUCUCUUAACUACCCGGAGUGAAUUCAGCAGGGCUGAAUCCCCCUCUACAGUGUUAACAGGCAGGGCUUUCCCUGAUGUCCGUAACAAAAAAUAAUAACAAAUUUAAAAAAAAAAGCAGGAAAAGAAGUGCCACUCUUCUCCUCGCCAUCUGAAGUUAACCCCGUCUGCCUCUCAGCAUGGCUACCCCCUGAAAGUGUCAUCACAAUCACCUGGGAAAUAGCAGCCGAAAUGCUACAGGAAUGGGCAUUAUUUUACAUGCUGCAUCCUUUGACAAAAAAUGUUUAUAGCUUGUAUGUUUUCUCAGCUGUUGGACAUUUUGUUCCUGAAAAAUCACUGCUGAUUGGAGGAUUAGAUAUCACAAACCGAUGAUGAUGACGAUGAUGAUGAUGAUGAUGAUGAUGAUGAUGAUGAUGUUGAGAGCAAGACCGCUAGACCUUUAUUAUCCCAUCUUUCCCCCUUGAUUUGAAUACCAUCUGGCCAGUGUCAGCAUUACGCCCGAGCUGUGCUACAGACAAGCUGCGUGUGAGUAGGCAAGAAGAUUCUGCUGGAGAGGUCCCGCUGUCGGAGCUGAAGGGUCGCUUGAGCAGACUUUUGCAAUAACAAUGGUGGCAUUUUAAUAUUGUACCACAAUUUGUCAUUAUGCCCUAGAGGACACCAGCCAUUUAACCUUUUUCUUUUACCUUUUUUUUUUCCUUUCUUUUCUUUUGUUGUUGUUGUUGUUGAGUCUGUAAAAUAAACAAGGGGCAGCAGCAUCUCUGCUGAAAGUACAAUAUUAAGUAUCUGUAUUUUACCAUGGACUUAUUUAGAACCGUUUUCUGAUUUGUAUAGAAAGAGCGCAUCUAAAAACUAGUACCCCAUUCUCAAUGUGCAGUUUUCUUUCAUGCAGUUAUCCUCUUCCCCACAACCAUUAUUUGAACACAAGGAAAUAGUCAGAUCUUAUACUUGCUGGUACCAAGGUUAGUGGUGUAGCCAUUCAUGAAAUGGUAUUGAAUGUACCAACAAAACAAAACAGAGAAGAAACAGCUGCAUCUCUUGCAGAGAAAAAGCAAUAAUGAGUAAAAUGGCUCUUGGGACAAUAAUUUACUCCACACCAACAGAAGGGGGGGAGGGUAAUGUAGAAAUGGCACGUAAGAUCAUUUAAGUUAAUCUUUCUGAUGGUUUCACUGACCUGCUAGGUACCACAAGUAAGUAUUUUAAUUUCCUUCAACAUAAUACUUGUGUCUGGAAAGCAAGAAAGAUAAAGGAAAGAGCUGAUUGUUGAGGAGUCAGUGGAUAAACCGUAAGUAGGAAGGAGAGAUGUUUCUGCAGUGGUGCUCUGCAAGACAUUAGGUUUCUCCCUGGGAGUUAGGGAAUAACAAGAUUUUGCCAGCUGUCUAGUAUGAUAUAAAUGGCCCUUUAUAUGGGUACCAGUGGCUGCCUCUGCUGGGAUUUUCAAUCCAAGCCUUUUCAGAUUAAAUAAAAGGAAAUUCUUGAUCAUUCCCAUACAGCCCUAUACUUGUGAACCGAUUUGUAUUAAUUGAAUUAUGUAGGAGAGAGAAACUCUUAGUCAUCAGUUGUUCAUGCAAACGGGAUAGUGUUUUUCUAUUUCUUUCCUCAUAAGGAUCUGCCUAUUCAGCUAAAUUUGACAAAGAGGAGGCUUGGCAAGAUUUUUUAAGUGUUGAGAUUUUUAUAGCUUAGAGAUGAAAGAUGUAUCCAUAAAGGUCUUUUGCAAUGCAUUUAAUUAUGAAUAUUUGGUUCCAGGAAUUGCAGAGAUUAAACUUGAGAUGCCACUUGUUCAUUUUUAAAUGUUAGACCAGUCUGAAUUAAUUUCUGAUUCCUGAAGUAACCAUAGUAAUGUUGGGGGGAUUCUGAAAUUGAGGUAAUCUUUAAGAAAAACCAGAACAGAGUACCCAUACAGAUACUGAAAGCAAUUACAGUUAAUUGAGGAUUAAUAUGACUGGGAUAAUACGUUAUAACAACAUUCACAGGCCCCAGAGUUUGAUAGUCUUUAAAUACGUUCUUAAUAUUCCCCAGUACCGGGUAGUUUAUUGGCUCUCUGAAAGAAGACCUUCAGUACUGUUACAGCUCAGGCUCCCCUCUGCCGAGUGGGCAGCAGAGAAACCCAAGACAAAUUACUCACAGACAUUGUGGGAAAAAUGCUUCAUAUCAGUUCCCAUUGACCGCAUUGGUAAUCAGCUUCUACCAAAUUCGGCAGCAUUUUAGUAUCCCGCUCCAAAUCAGGAAUGAAGCAGAGGCGCUAAGUGUCCGUGCAAAGCCUGAAAAGGCUGCGACGGAUCAGGGCUUCUGGAUAGGCCCUGAGGCAUGGUGGGGUAGCAGAACUGGGUCUUUACCAGCAGCGUUACUGCCGUUGGUUUAAAAAACUGGUUGUCAGUGUUGUGAUGGUUCAUGGAUUACGUCUGAGGUCUGUCUUUUAUGUACUUCAAUAUUGUCCCCUUAAAUGGAUCUGUCAUUCUCAGCGUUUAGGGAAAGAAGUCAGGUCAGGUAGAAGUCAAUUGACAAAAUUAUUUUCCUGCCCAAGAACUUUUUACCAACUAAUUACUUGAAUAGCAGUAAUUCAGUUGAAGAACUGAUGGCAUACAGAAUUCCUUUCAGAAUCUCUAAUUUUUUUCUCCCAUAGAAAAUGAAGUUUAUUUGACCAGAAACUCUUAAGGCCAUUCUGCUAGCAUACAAGAGGAACGGUGAGAGAGAUCAUCUUUAAUGUUAUUCACAAAGGCAGGGUAUAACUGGGAGACACCAGUGUCCUCUUUAGGCUUCCCCUCUAGUUAAUGAAGAGAGAAAAACUCCUCUGAAAGAACUUGAGAGGCCUUAAAUUUCAGCAUUCAGCUCUGAACUGCCUGAGGAGGAGCAUAUGUAUCACAGACCCUGGGGAAGCUCAUCUCUUGAGGCCGAGGUUGGUCUGUGUGAAUCCCUUGUCUUUCAGCUGGUUUCCUAUUACUUUAUGCAUAGGAAACACUGCAACAGAAAGAGGGUCUGGUUUUAUUCAAGGAACCCCAAAGUGAUACAGGGUUAAAGCAGCACUCACGCCAAGGGACACAGGCACAGAGCGUGUCAAUGGUAGCAGAAUGAAGCCAAAAGGUAAAGGAGUAUACGCUAAGUUUUCUUAUUUCACAGGCAGGAAGUGUAUCCUCAACCUUUCCAGCACACGUGGAAGGGCUUUUCGUGCUACUGUUACCUCCAGACAACUUACACAACCAGCAGUAGUCCGCCACUGGUUCUUGGCAAGUUUCUUAUUCGUAUCAGCACCCGCAGGCUUUGACCCCAAAUACUCGGUGAGGUUGUUUUCUGGUUUGUUUUCCCCUUCAGAAGUAUUUUAAGAGAAGUUACUCUGUGCGAGAGGGGUGUUUGGAAGUGGAGUUGAUGUCCCCCAGAUUCCCAGGGUGUCCUUCCCUCAGUGGCUGCCGUUCACACCCACCAAACUUCUGUGCUUGUGCAAGGACUAAGGGUGAUUGCUCCAUAGUAGUUUCCUCAAAAAUCCUGGUAUCCCACCAGAGGUCCGUGACAUUUCACAACCGUGGUAAAGGCUGACAUCAUAUGUAGCAUGCAGAAGUACCAGAUCUCACCUUGACACAACACAGUAGAUCCAUCUAAAUUGAGCAGUUGGGAGAGACAAAUACACAGUGUCCCAUUAUUUCAGAAAGACAGAGCUUUAUGCUUUUAAGUGUGAGUAAAGGAUGGGUAAUCUCCACCGUGCCCAUUACAGCUUGCAAGGGAAACUAUGCCACAAAGUGUCAGAUUUCAUAUAUUUUCAAAAGGAUUCAAUGGAUUUGUCAGGAAAUCUCAGUAGCCAGCAUUACAGGAAAACGUAACAAGCAAGCAGCUUUGAUACAGAACUUUUUAAAUUUUAAAUUGUCGUUAUUUUUUCAGCACCUGUUUUAUUCAGCACUGUAAAAUUGGCUCAUUGCAACAGCAGUUUAUACUUGGGGAUGAAGAUGCAGUAUUCCUUAUUCUCUAUCAUGCUUACACAAUUAAUUAAAUAGAUUUAGACUCACUUGUAUAUAUGAUUAUUUGCUGGAGUAAUGUAUAACAAAAUUAACAGUGUUGAAAAUUACAUCAGUGAUGUUGAUGUUUGGGGUAAACUCACAGUGCAGAGCAUGGACAAAUAGCUGGACAACCUUUCUCCCCUUUAAUAAUGGGAAUAACAGUGAUCAUAAGUCUCAUUUUCCAUUAGCCACAUUGAAAAUGUAUUCUAGUUGCCAUUUAUAAAUUUAUCUUCUGAUAAUAAAUGCUGUUUAAUGGAAAAAAUCUCUUUCUCCUUUAUUGAAGGUGGGUACCUCAAAAUCAGAGUAAGUUUCACUAUUAAUAUCUCGCUUAUUUUUUAGUUUGAACUUUGGUUUGGAAAGGUCAGUGUGUGAAACUGCAUCUUCCACCGCAGACAAGUCUUAUAUCUUUCAGUAAAUCCGCCCUACUCCCGCAGGCUCAUCUCUACACUCAUGCCUAUAAACCCCAGCACUUCCACAUGCCUCCAUCCAUGUGCAGGUAAUAAACAAGUUUAUUAAAAAAAAGAAAAAAAAUCACAAAAGGAAGAAUUGGAAAUAAAUACUGUAAAGGAAAAUACUACCUUCUUAAGAAACCAGCUCAUGUUACUGUAUUAUGCCUUUGCCUGUGAUUUAUAACUGGAGAAGUGCACAAAGAAAUUCAAAGAUUGUUAUAUUUUCACAGUUCCACUAGCGUAACAGUUGCUGUGUAAUAUAUGCUUAUGAAGUCAAGCCCAUUGGUAGCUUGAAAAGGCUUAAAUUCUGAUCAAUUUCUGCAGUAAAUCAGGUUUUAGUACAAAAAUGUAACUAUAAGGAUACUGCAUCUUUAGAAAUCAAAAUACCUUGGAAGUAUUUUACUAUACUUGUAACAGUUUAAAUAUUCUGUAAUAUAUGUGAUAGUGGAAAAGUAUUUUCAAACUCACAAUUUUACAUGGGGUGUAAAUAGGUUAAAUGAAUAUGAUUUUAAAAAAACUUUAGUUUUCAUCAGGAAAACUGGUAAGAUAAUGCCUUGCAAAGCUUAAACACAAAACGUAAGAAGUAAAUUGUUCUGUUUUGUCAGAGCAUGUUUUCUCUGCAAAAUGGAGUGGCCACUUCUUUGCUGUUUCGCAGAUGGCGUGCGAUAUAGCGAAGUCAUACUGAGUCCUUCAAUGUCGAGUAAGUCAACACUCAGAAUGUCUUUGACUGAAUAAAGGAAAAAAAACCACUUAAAAUGAAAACCAUAUGAAAGGUUUGGGGUUUUUUGUAUUGUUUUUUUUCCUUCUGGCAUUUUACAGUGAACUGCAGAUACAGUAAAGGCAAACUCUCAUUUGAUUUUAUUACUUCUUGUAUUUCCCUGACUACAAUGCAUCUUGAAUAAAGGUUGCGGACCUGAAAUAGGCAGCUGCUCUUUGCUGAUUGCCGGGGAGUUUAGUCUUCUAGGUGCAGUAGCAUGUCAACUAAAUCAAUUGUAGCAAGACGGUUGUGACAUUUAAAAUGCGCAUACACUUCAGCAAGAUAGCCUAAAAUCUAUUUUAAAAGAUGAAACAGAAACUGAAAGUGCCUGUAAUUAGAACUGAUGGGAUGUUCCUAUACUUUUACACAGCAAUAACUUACGGGAUUCUGUUAACAAUAAGGUGAAAAUGAAAUUUUACUUGGAGAACAAUAAUGCAGCACAGAAACAAACACAAAGUGCCAUUUGUAUUUUCACAUGUUGAGAUAUUGUGUUAGACGUUUAAGUUAUUUUCUCAGGUAACAUCUGUCAUGUACUUGUAAGAAGAAAGUUACUCUUAGUUUACAAAUGACUCAUAUCCAUAUCGAUUCUCAGUAGGUGUGAAUGGAGGUCAUUGUCAAGCAGUGUUUUAGGGGAUUUCUUCCUGAUUUAUGUCUGAUGUGCCCGUGUAUCCAGGGUAUUCUCUAGUGAAAUAAUCCAAAAACCAGCAAUAAGCCCAGUGGAGCUUUUUUAGGGUAUAUGGUAGAAUGGGGAUUCUCAUGAAAAAUCCUCUGCAUCAAACUCUGGAAGCACAGAGUUCACCUUAUGUCUCCAUUUGAUUUGUCAUGUAAUGCUCAUAGUAUUUCAUAUCAUCUUAGAACUGGUUGACUUCAGGAGUGGACAAAAUAUGUCACUUACUUUUCUUUCUUUUGGGGACAAACGAGUGAAAAAUUGGGGACUGUCAGUCUAGAGACUAUUUGAAUAGCAAACAAGAAGUUGAUACUCCUAAAAUGGAGUAAGGAGAUUUUUAUAUUGAGUGGCCUGAAUAUUUGAAUCAAUAGACUAAUUGAUCUUACAAGAAAAUGGCCAGCUGUGACUUUCCCACUCUUUUUUUCUCAAUUACUAUUUUUUUUAAUUUGGUAGGUUUCUGGGAAAAAAAAAAAAAAACCAAACCUAACUACUGCUAAUGGAUUCUUAAAAUAGCAGGGUAAUGCCAUCCCUCAUGCUUCUUCUGUUUCUAAAAAUGAAUUUAUUGGACAUCAAAAUGUAACUGGUUGUCGUAAUACCUUUGCCAAGGAAGAUUGCUUUCCAUCCUCUAAAUUUGUACCUCUCAUUUAUCCAGGCAGAAUUUUGUAUUAGAAAAAUUCCGCAUUUUGCCUAGACUUUUGCUGCCAUUGGUGGGUUGCUGCUGGAGUGGGAGGAUAGGUGUUUGGUUUUUAUUCACUGAGGCAGGGUUGGGUGUGCACGAAGAUGCUCAUAAACAGAAGAAAGUGCAGGUGCAAAAAAAAAAAGCGCAUGGACUCGCACGUAAAACUAGACGUUUAUGCACGUUGGUUAAUCAUGUGAGAAGACCGCUAGUUUAGUAACAACCUAUUUUUAAAUGUUAGCCACCGGUGGAUAUAAUCCCAUCAGAACACACAUAUACUUACUCUGUCAUCCUGAGCGUAAUCUCCAGAUAUUAAGCACAUAAAAGAACACAAUUCAUGCUGAGGAUUUUAGGAGGGCAUCAGGGAAUGUGUCAUCAGAAGGACAAAGGAAACAUUAGUUUCCUACCUCGUACCUGAGCCAUUGCUGGAGAGGAGGGUUCGGUUCUUUGUUCUGGAGCAGCAACACUACAAGGAGGCACCCUUAGAAACUUGCAGUGUUGGGAGGUUUGGCUGACUCCAGCCCUAUGUGUGUUAGUUCUUGCAUGGGAAAGGGCACUUUGUCUUCACGAUCCCAAAAUGAGCGAGGCUUUUUUUCCUUCAUUCUGAAAAACAAACACAGAGUUGGGUUUUUCUCAAUUUUAUUGAUUCACCCGCAUACUUCUGUAGCAGCUUGUGCUUACUGACUUUAAAUUGUGAAAUAAACUGAGUUGCCCUUGUAGUAAUUUUUAGAUUAUUAUUAACACAGGUGUUCAGUCCUCCAGACAAGCAAAACUGGGCAUGUGAAUUUUAGCUAUUAUGAAAAGAAUAGAAAAAAUUAUGUGACAUCCUAUUGUCCAUAUGUGUGACCUGCAACAUCUUCCCCAGUUCAGUAUCAAAAGUUUCAGUGAGCCAAGAUGCUGUUAGUUAAAAAGAAGAGGUGAAUGGUGGUUCACACAUUGACUUGCUAAACCUUGCUCCAUGCUGUGACCUCUGCAUUUAAAAAACAAUAGUUCAGUGUCUGGUAGGGGACCACAGGUGAUGGCUUUGAUGGAUCGCCGUAAGCAUGAACCACGAAAUACAGCAGUAGGUUCAGAUAUUGCUUUUCUGCCUGUCCCUGCCUUUCUAGAUGGAAAGAGCAAAGACAGUUUGAGCCAUAGUGUUCAGGGCUGAACUAAUCUUUUUCACCAUUCAGAGCUCAUGGUGUCAUUUCUGGUUUCAAACUAUUUUUCACUGCUACAUUUGCAUCUUAUUUUUCAUUUUAAAAAACCCCACGGUUUAUUUCUUUCCUUAUCACCCUAUACAUUGCUUCCUUGGUAAUAUAAGAAGUUCUCCGCUGAACACCUACACAGUAUGCUCUCUUGACCUGCUGUCUCUCCCUAAAAAGUUGUAUCUCCCAUUUGCACUUGCAAUAGAAUAUACACAGAGAUAGUAGUGAAUUACUUAAGUUUCAUGCACCAUCAGCCUUAAGACCUUCAACCCACACACACAGACACACGCAUUCGUACGCUUCAAGUGAAAGAGAGAUUUGGACACUGCUAUCAACAUGUGGGGUCAAAAAUACCAUUAAAUUGGAAAGUUCUUUCAGCUGUGUUUAGGAAGAAACAACAAUAAUGAAAAAUACCAUUCUUGGCCAAGUCACUUAUGGAAGAAGCAAAUUCCCCUAUGGCAUUAGUUGAAUGAAAUCCUAAGGAUGGGGUUGCAUUUGGCCCCAAAUUGUUCCUUCUAAUAAGGUCAUUAUUAUUGUAUGUACCAAUGAGUGUUUAUUUGAUCCUCCUGUGUAAAAAUACAAAAACAUCCCUCUAGUUUACAAAGUGAUUUAUUUGGGACUGAAGCUUCACAGCAAUGGAAUUAGUAUGUAUGGCACCUCAAUCUUUUUCCUAGAUAAGAUGCAAAAGGGAGGGUCAUUAUCGGUAACCCCAUAGAGAUAAUAAUGUGAAUAGAGGUCCUACAGUUAAAAGGAAUAAAACCACCAGUGCUAGCAAGCAAACAUAGUAGUUUCUUAAGUCUUUCUUUUGCCUUCUUUUCAAAAGCUUUUAAAUGCAAACAUUACUUUUCUUCAAAAAUAAAAGUAAACACCUGAAGAUCUAAUUUCCCAAUAGUUUCCUCUGCAUUUAUAUAGUAUGUAGUGUUUAGGCAACACCUAUGUUAUAAGUUUAUUAAUAUUAUGUAAGUGUUGUUCUUGUAUUUAUGUAUAGUGUAUGUAUUGUAAAUAUACUCAGAGCUUUUUUUCCUCUUACUGUAAAAUGGUGAUUUUUGCCCUAUGAUAAUGUAAAGGGAGUCCCCUAAUGAAAUUCUGUCAGAGGAUGAUUAUUCCACUCUAUUCUCAAAGAUUUAAAUGAACAAGUGUUAUCGUUUUUAAUGGUGUCUCAGACAUAUUUUGUUGGUGCAUUGCUUUUCUGUAUUCAACUUUCCUAUGAAUUGAGCUGUGAAUUGAAAUAGAGUUUAAACCUUUAAAUGUAUGCAUUUGUAUAAUUAUCUGAAUGGAGGCAUGAAGGUUAAAUAAAGCAUUUUGUAUGGAGCAAAA